UUUGUUCCCGACUCCCUCCAAGCAUGCGGGACUCUGCUCAGGAAUUCGCUGUCACACACAGGAUGCUCUGAGAGCUUUUUUUCACCAGGGGCUGGACUCUCUUGCCUUAUAAACGCUGCCUGCAGCAGCCAGGGCUCCUGAAAAUCCCGGGAUUUCUGCGGGAAUCGCUCGGGCCGAGCCCCAAAAUGCAUUUCCGCAAUUUUCAUUACAGUUUUAGCUCGCUCAUCGCCUGCCUGGCAGAUGGGGAUGUCUUCACCCAGCCAGAAACGAGGGCCAAAUUUGAAUCCCUGUUCCGACCCUACGACAGGGACCUCACCUUCCAGUAUUUUAAGAGCUUCAAAAGAGUGAGAAUUAAUUUCAGCAACCCUUUAUCUGCAGCAGAUGCCAGGAUCCAGUUGGACAAGACAGAAUUCCUUGGAAAAGAACUCAAACUCUAUUUUGCUCAGACUUUGCACAUUGGAAGCUCCCAUCUGGCCCCCCCAAACCCAGACAAGCAGUUUCUGAUCUCCCCUCCUGCCUCUCCUCCUGUGGAUUGGAAACAAGUGGAGGAUGCCACUCCAGUCAUUAACUAUGACCUUUUAUAUGCUAUUUCCAAGCUAGGACCAGGAGAGAAAUACGAGCUCCAUGCAGCCACUGCCACCACUCCCAGCGUUGUUGUCCAUGUCUGUGAGAGUGACCAGGAAAAUGAUGUGGAAGAGGAGACCAAGAAACCCAAACCCAAAAUUAUCCAGACCCGGAGGCCGGAUUAUGCUCCUGCCCACCUGAGCUGAGCUGAGUUGCUGCUGCUUUUUCCAAGGAUUUGGAGUAGAAAACUGCCAGGGAAAAACCUUUACUGUGGAAACAGCAGCUCACACGUUUGGUGGCAGCGGCAGCAGCUGCGGUAGGAGAAUUCCAAGCUAAGUUUGCUCAAAAUGAAGGAAUUCCAUCCUUAGUUUUGCUGCCUCAGGUUGAUGCACGGGCUGAGUGUAUUCCCGGAUCCCUGGGAACAAAGGAUGGGGAGAAGGUGACAUUUUGAGGCAAAACAGGACAAACUGGGGUUAUUUUGGGGGAAAAGCAGCUGGGGGAAGCUUUCCUUGUUCUGUACUCCCAUAAAUCCUCCAGCUGAUGAUUGUUUGGAAAACCUUGGGAUAACAGGGUUGGAAAGAUGAUGGGAAUUUAACCCUUUUUCUUACACUAGGUUUUGUGCAUGUUUCUUCUUGGUCUUCUAAAGUAAUUUGCGUUAUUUUCUAGAGUUUCCCCCAAGUUUCUGGAAAUCUGGGAAUUGUUUCAAGUAUUUAUUAUCUCAGCCUCCCAGAAUUCCUCCUGGAUGUGUAUAUACAUGAUAUAUUUAUAUCUGUUUUUAUUGGCACUCGUUUUCCAGCAGGAUACAAUUCCUCCAGCACCUGCUUUUGGUGCUCUGGAAGUUGUGCUUCUAAAAUGUUAACCUUUGUGAAAUUCCUGCAAAGGGUUUUAUCUGGCAAAGCAAUGGAAAAACGUGCAAUAGGAGAGUUCUGGAAUACAUGGAUUUAAAAUUAUUUAAGUUCAGAUAAUUUAUAUAUUCAAUAGGAUUCGUUUGGGAGCUUUGACUUGGGGGGGGGAAAAAAGAACUCAAAUAAUGCUGAUGGUGCAUAUUCAGAGCAGUGGGAUUUUUCCAGUUAAAAAAAAAAAAAAAAAAAAGAUGGAUAAACUUGAAUCUGCAUUUUUGGGGAGCAAAGAUUUGAUAGGGAUUGGAAAAUUCCACCCAGGAACCAGUGAGGAGAGCUGGAGUGCCUUUUACUUGUCCAUUCCUACUCCAAGCUGCACACUUGGAUCUUUUUCUACUGGCUUUGGAUAUCCACAAACCCAAACUUUCUUGAGCUUUGCUUCCAAACUCAGCUGGGAUGAAAUGCUUAAUGCCAAGGAAUGCUUAUUUCAGCAGUGGGAAUAUGUGGGAGAAGCUUUAGGGGUUUUAUAUGGCAGUCUUCAAAGGCUCCAAAAUGCAAAUUCCAAGAAAGAUGACAGAAAUAUUUUAUUAGUGCUUUUUUAAACUGGAGAUCCUCACCUUGCAACAGGGUUCAGUAUUUUUUGGAAGAGAUAGGAACUGCUAUCCAUGGAAAAUACCACUUAGGGUCUUGGAAAAGGGAUGUUUGAAUGCCUCUCAUUGUGUUUUUAGGAAUCAAACUGUGGCUCUCUCUUGGUUUGCUUUUGCCACACGGUUGGUCUGAGAAGAGAUUGAAGCAAGUUUUGAUUGAAAUGCCUGGUUCACACCUUGGUUUUUUUUAAAUAAUACCUGUUUUAAAAAGAAUGGAGCCAUUCCAGGCUGAGGUGCAGGGAAUCAAGGUGUUAUGGAAGGCCUGGCAUUCCUGACUGACACAGAAAUCUGGGACUAGAGAGCAGGAAUAUAUUGAAUAUUCUGCUCUAGCUUGGAUUGUUAGUCCCUGGAAACUGGAACAAAGCCUGGUUUUGGUGUCUGAGUGGCCCUGGCUCCAUGGGAACUGUUGAGAAGAGCUAAUUCCAUGGAUUGCUGGAGCUGGACACACAGGAAAAUGGGGUUAUUUUGGGCUACCCUCAGCUGGCUCCACGUGCUGCAUUCAACACCCAAAAUAAAGGAAUCAAGUGGAGAGAAACUUUGUAGGUUUGCCACAACUGCCUUGAAGCCUUUCCAAGAUUUUUCCAUGUUUCUCAAAUGACUGCUGGACUUCAUGUUCUCACCACAUUCAAUUAAAAACCUUUGGAAUAAUUCCUGUCCUGUCCUUUUUCCAUGAAAAAUCAAAACAUGAGUUUGGCAGUAGAAACCCAGGUGGCUGCUGCUGCGUUUCCUACAAAAGCAGAGCUGCUUUUCAAUGAAAACCAUCAAUCAAUCUCAUUUUUGUCAUUUUAAUACCUGACCCCUGCCUGAGGUGGGAACCAUGGAAAUCUUGGAAUGCUCACAGUGUGUUCCUGGUUGGAUCUGCCACGUCCUGUCCUCAUGACUCCGGUGUGCUGCUUGCUUUUUCUGGUUCUUUUAUUUUUGUAAUGUUCCACUGGAUGCUUAGUUGGUAUUUUAUACACUUGUAUAGCACGGGGCAGAUUGAAAUUAAAAUAUUUUGUUGUCUUCUUGUAAA